UUUCAUUCGCGUCCGUCGCGGCCCGUUGCGUCACUGCCCGUCGAAACGGAGCCAGCGUAAUACGCGCGCUCGGACGCGCUCCGCGACGCGACGCGUCGCGCCGAUCCGCCCGAGUGAAUUCACCGCGCAAUUUGUGCCAAUUGCCCUUUAAUUCCGUCACGUGCAGCGUAGCGUAGCUACCGCGGGCGAGAUAAACGAACUUAGUCACGUUACCAUUCCAGUAGUGCUCUUGCCAGACGACUUUAGAGCUUACAGCAAGUUGAAAGUGGAUAAUCAUCUCUUCAACAAAGAGAACAUGCCCUCCCACUUCAAAAUCAAAGAAUAUUGUCCGUUAGUCUUUAGGAAUCUGCGAGAAAGGUUUGGAAUAGAUGAUUUGGAUUACAAGGAGUCGAUGACAAGAUGUCGGGUGUUUAAUCCCUCGCGAGCGAGGCAGCGUACGGAUUUGGUCGAGGGAGUAGGCAGAAGAACUCGUCAGUUGGUUCAGCGCGCCGCUACCGUCCCGUCGAUUACCUUCUCCUCUCCCUCUUCUGCCUCCCCGUACAAUUCUAUUCUAAACAAACCGCUGCGUACCUACAGUUUUAAACCGAAACGCCUGAGGUCGCAGCCGGUGCUCGACGACUCGUCCGGGAAGAGCGGCGCCAAGUUUUAUCAGUCCUACGACAAGCUAUUCAUAAUUAAAACCCUCACGAGCGAGGAGGUGGAGAGGAUGCAUUCGUUCCUGAAGCAUUAUCAUCCCUACAUCGUCGAGCGACACGGAAAGACGCUGCUACCGCAAUACCUGGGAAUGUACCGGCUGACCGUGGACGGCGUCGAGCACUAUGUGGUUGCCAUAAGGAACGUGUUCUCGAAUCACUUGACGACGCACAAGAAGUUCGACUUGAAAGGCUCGACGGUGGACCGGGAAGCGUCGGACAAGGAGAGGGAGAAGGAUCUGCCUACCUAUAAGGAUAACGAUUUCGUUAAGGAGGGCCUCAAGAUAUACAUCGGGGAGGAGGCCAAAGCUAAAUUAAUAGAAACAUUAACCGCCGACGUAGACUUCUUGACGAGAUUACACCUGAUGGAUUACUCCUUGCUCCUCGGCUUGCACGAUUGCGCGCGCGCCGAGCAGGAGAGCAGAGAGCGCGCGGAGAGGGAGGACGACGAGGACAAUCACGACGAGGAGGACGACAGCGAGUCCGGCAGCGGGCUGGAAUCCCGGGGUCCAGUGGCAGACCGCUUGUGGAAUUGGAGCGGCGUUGGCCACGCGGUUACAAACAUGGCAACGCCCCCCGAGUCGCCGCAUGCCGCGUUAAUGCGCGACACCAGUCUACAAUACGAAGAUGCGAUAAUACCCGAGCUAGAUAUCUACGCUAUUCCUAGUAAAGAAGGUGCUCCCACGAAGGAGAUUUAUUUUUUGGCCAUAAUAGACGUGCUGACGCAUUAUGGCGUGCGCAAGCAAGCGGCGAAAGCUGCCAAGACCGUCAAAUACGGUGCUAACGUCGACGGUAUAUCCACCUGUGAUCCUGAACAAUACGGCAAACGAUUCAUAGAGUUCAUGAGCAAAGCCAUAGAGUAAAAGAGUAUUAUUAAUCGUUGUGCGUAAAAUGAUGAAUUUACGACGAUAUUACCGCUUACUGUGUACUGUCGGAGUGAAAUCGAAUUGAUCGCAACCCGCACGAGAUGGAGAGAGGGAGGGAGUCCGGGAGAUUGAAUCGUUGCAGUCUGCACUCGGUUUGCUUUUCGGCACACUGGUUAUCUUCUUAAUAGCGCCGCUUUCACUCGUGGCACGCACGCGAUCUAAUAGAAGCGCAUAACGGGUCGCUCGAGCCGCGAGCUUUUCAAGCGAACGCGUCGUCCUUCGCCGAUAUUCCUAUGCAUCGGGAUUGUUUAUUGUAUUUUACGGCUGGCAACAGACUUUUUAUCCUCGAUUUACUACUCAGCGUGGUUUACGUUACUUCGUUUUCAGUCAGUCGCGAAGAAGCGUGAUCGGUUUCUCGAAUCUGUCACUUUAAAAAGUUUCUCUCUCUCCGUGAUAGAACGUUCAAUCGCACAUAGCGUUACACGUACACACUUGCAAGCGAGAAUUUUUCAUAAAUUGGAAAAACGACGCCUCCUCUUUUCUCCGUCGCCCGUUCUUUCUUUCCAUUCGCACACGUCUCGAAGCGAAAGCGAUAAUAUCCAACGGUCCUGUAUCGUUCGAUGAAUCACCCGCGGUAGAAAAUUAACGGCAUUGGAGUGUACACCAAUUGGGCAGGCAGGUAUUAUCUAUGGAUCGAGAUAAAAGGCUCGCGAAGUCGUACAAAUUCUUAUCCACUGAUAUCGGUAGCUCUAAUAUCUGAACGUUAUAGAUUUUUUUUUAAAUAGCAGACUGAUUAACGGGCGUGAGUCACAUGCUGUAGAACGAUAUCUAACUUGAUGUGUUACCGUCGCAGUAAAUCUCAAUCAAGCAUCGGCGGCGCUUGCCAAGAGAACUGUCUGGGUACGCGCCUAUUCGUUUUAUCAUCUAGGAUGUAAUUUUAGUAGCUCGAUGAAACUACGAAUGCCCGUUGUUUCACUCAAGUUGUCAAUAGUGGUGUAUACUUCGCAGUGUCGAGGGCAACGUACACGCGCGCGCACACAUACAUGUAUAUACGCAUAUACAAAUCAGUACGAAAUAAAGUACACUUUGUAAAUGUUGUGCUUCAUUCGAUUCGAUUUUAUCGUUGAUCAAGCAGCUCGGUUGCUUCGCAGAGCGCAUUCGUGGUAAACGAUUCGUAUCCGGUAAUGAUAUCCACACGAUACAUAUCUCCUCCCUUCGAUACUCGUCACGACACCCGAGUCGGCAACCUGCUAUCACACGGUUUUCAUUUCGCAAGAGAAUACUCAGAAGAACGACGCGCCGUUCUUUCGGAGACAGGCACCCGCAGACCUAUGCACAAUAAUAUCGUUAGUCGGGAAUUUCGACACGUGGAUCGUGAGUCUCCGGUAUUUAUUUCGUACCGUUUGUAAACUUGUUUAUUUAGCGAGGAAACACUCGAACGAGAGCCGAACGUAAUUGUUGAGCAACUUGUAUUACGAGAAAGAAGAAUGUGCACCGCGUUGCGUAAGACAAUAUCUUUAAAUAUCUAAUACACUUUUAUAUAAUAUAUAUAUAUAUAUUAUAUAUAUGUAUAAUUUGUUAGAGAGCCGAUCAUAAUAUAAUGACUAAUUACUCUAAUGAUUAAUAUAUUCAUCUAGUCUCGAUACUUCUUAAUUUUAUAUGUUUUACCGGUUAAUCGCGCGCGCGCGCGCGCGCCAGGAUUAACGGGCGCGAUAGACGAGAGGAGGAGGGGGUGUCCGUUGCUGCAUAUUUGUUGCAGGACAUGUUUAGGUUUCGAAAGUACGAUAUACCGGUUUCCGCGCGAUUGUCAAUCGUAUUAGAAUACGGUUAAAAGUCAGCUUCAACCAGCGGAAUCUUGCAGACGCGGCGGCGUUCUUUAAUAAUAAAUGAAGAAUUACAUCCAUCCGUUAGCAUGCGUCCUCGUGUGUGGCAACGACAAAUCUUUGUUCACAUUCAAAUAAAUUGAGAUUCAUCGAU